AUGGCUUCGUCGGAGCCUAUGGCGCCAGCGACGUAUGACCGGACGUACGGCGGCAACCGUGCUUUUCAUAAUUUCUUCAACGACUUCAGCCAUAUCCAAGACCCGAACUUAAGGCGACGGCUCGCGCUAUCAGAAAUCGACAAGGUGCCCUUUGGAAUGUACCAUGUGAGGGCCGUGUUGGUUGCUGGCAUAGGCUUUUUUCUUGAUUCGUACGACAUCUUCGCCAUUAACCUCGUAACGACCUUUCUCGGGGUUGUGUUCUGGCAUGGCGCGCCGGAGAAUGCUAAGAAUGGGUAUGGGGGGAACUUUGGACACCUACCGACUCCGGUCAGCCAGACUCUGAAGGCGUCGACAAGCGCGGGAAUUAUCCUGGGCCAGAUCCUGUUUGGUUGGUUGGCGGACAAGUUCGGAAGACGGCGGAUGUAUGGAGUUGAGCUGGGUAUUAUUGUCUUUUCAACUCUAUCUUGUUGCUUAGCCAGUCGAUUUGAAACUCCCUACGCUCAUCAUGGUUCACUUCGCGCUUUCAAGAAUAUACAUAGAACCACUGACAUUGCCGCUUCUAAAGCUAUAAGCUUUACCGGAUUAAUGACGUUUUGGAGGGUUAUGAUGGGAGUCGGUAUAGGAGGGGACUAUCCUUUGAGCGCCGUCAUCACCUCGGAGUUUGCGCCGACCAGAUGGCGCGGUGCUAUGAUGGCUGCCGUAUUUUCGAUGCAGGGGAUGGGCCAGCUUCUAGCCGCUGUUGUAGCUCUUAUCGUCACUAUAUCUUUCAAAACCGCUUUCGGAAAUGCCCCGUCCGUCGACCAAUGCGACUAUGCGUGUCAGACAGCCGCCGAUCGAUGCUGGCGUAUUAUUGUAGGGGUUGGAGCUCUCCCGGCUUGCUUUGCUCUCUACUAUCGCAUUACAAUCCCCGAAACGCCUAGAUAUACGUUCGAGGUGGCUAAGGAUGUUGAGAAGGCGGCUGCCGAUAUCAAAGCGUAUAUGUCGAGCCAGUCAGAAGGAGAAGUGGACGAAAUCACUCAAGCUAGAAUGAAAAAAGUCGCUUCUCCAGCGUUAAAUAUCCCCUCGGCAUCUUGGCACGAUCUUUACGUUUACUUCACACAAUGGAAGAAUGCUAAGGUCUUGCUGGGGACCACUUUAUCGUGGUUCUUUCUAGACCUAGCUUUCUAUGGUUUGGGAUUGAAUAACCAAAUAAUAUUACAAGCAAUCGGCUACGCCGAUGGGGACUCACUUUAUACAAUAUUGUUCAACGGCGCAGUUGGCACGAUCAUUUUGGUCGUCGCAGGCUCUCUGCCCGGAUACUGGACUGCUAUACUGACGGUAGAUAGUAUCGGUCGUAAACCCCUCCAGAUCAUUGGAUUCAUUAUCCUCACCAUCACCUUUUGUGUGUUAGGGUUCCUUUAUAACAGCCUCAGCAAGGGCGCUUUGUUAGCCCUAUACGUCAUUGCGAAUUACUUCUUCAACUUCGGUCCAAAUACUACUACCUUCAUCGUCCCGGGCGAGUGUUUCCCCACACGAUACCGUUCCUCUGGACAUGGCCUUUCGGCAGCUAUGGGGAAAGUCGGCGCCAUCGUGGCGCAGGUUAUUUCCUGGCCGCUUCUCACAAAGGGCGCCCCUACUCCCUGCUCGGGGAAAACAUGCACGCCGUGGCUCGACCGGCUAAUGCAGAUAUUCGCGCUAUUUAUGCUCUGCGGGACCUUAUCGUCGUUACUCAUCCCCGAAACCAAGGGGUAUACUCUCGAAGAGCUGGCGGGAGAGCCUCCGACGUCAUACAACUCGGGCCGCAACGGCAGCAUUAUCGAACGAUCCAAGGGCCGAUGGUGGAACCCAUUUUCUGGCGGCCAGCCAGCCGGUUUCUUCUAUCCGCGCAUGGCACCGAGCGGUAGGACAGGCAUCAUGACAACGCCCGAAGCAAGGGUGCAGAACGUCCAGCCGAAAAGAAGGUGGAAAUUCUGGAAGCGCAACAGGGGUACUGAAAGCAAUAAUACGGUCGACUGCGCCGCUAGCUCGAGUUCAACAGCAGGUUUCGCGACGUCAGGGGAGACGAUGGUGGCGAGCGCGAGUGUGUUGCCAGGUUGGGGGGUCGGCUGGGGCAGGAUAGAUAGGGGAGGAAAUUCCCUUGGUAUGGAUAAUAUACGUUUGCAAGACGUAGGAAGUCUGUUGAGGUAA